AAAAGCGAUUUCUUCAUGCGUUCAGAUUUCUUUGCAAAACCACAGUGAAAACUGGGAACACCGAAACCUUUAGCUCAGGAUGGCUACCAAAAUCCAUGGAGGCUCUGUUGUGGAGAUGCAGGGAGAUGAAAUGACCAGGGUCAUAUGGGAACUGAUUAAAGAAAAGCUGAUUUUCCCUUACAUAGACCUGGAUUUACACAGCUAUGACUUGGGCAUGGAGAAUCGUGAUGCUACAGAUGACAAAGUGACUGUGGAAGCUGCUGAAGCUAUAAAGAAAUACAAUGUUGGCAUCAAAUGUGCAACCAUCACUCCUGAUGAGAAGAGGGUGGAGGAGUUUAAGCUAAAGCAGAUGUGGAAGUCUCCCAAUGGGACAAUUAGAAAUAUCCUUGGUGGCACUGUCUUCAGGGAAGCCAUCAUCUGCAAGAACAUCCCACGGCUGGUGUCUGGAUGGGUGAAACCCAUCGUCAUCGGCCGUCACGCUUAUGGGGACCAAUAUAGAGCAACUGAUUUUGUGGUACCGGGGCCUGGAAAAGUAGAGAUGACAUACACUCCCAAAGAUGGAGGCAAACCUGUCACCUAUUUGGUCCAUAAUUUUGAAAGCUGUGGUGGUGUGGCCAUGGGAAUGUACAAUCUUGACCAGUCUAUCAAGGAUUUUGCCCACAGUUCCUUCCAAAUGGCCCUGUCUAAAGGCUGGCCUCUCUACAUGAGCACCAAGAACACCAUCCUGAAGAAAUAUGAUGGCCGCUUUAAAGACAUCUUCCAAGACAUCUAUGACAGAGAAUACAAGUCCCAGUUUGAGGCCAAAAAGAUCUGGUAUGAGCAUAGGCUCAUUGAUGACAUGGUAGCUCAGGCCCUGAAAUCUGAGGGAGGUUUUGUCUGGGCCUGCAAGAACUACGACGGAGACGUGCAAUCCGACUCCGUUGCACAAGGCUACGGCUCCCUGGGGAUGAUGACCAGCGUGCUCAUCUGCCCCGACGGCAAGACUGUUGAAGCAGAAGCUGCUCAUGGCACCGUUACUCGUCACUACCGCAUGCACCAGAAGGGCCAAGAAACCUCCACCAACCCCAUUGCCUCCAUAUUUGCAUGGACAAGGGGACUGGCUCACAGAGCCAAGCUGGACAACAAUACCAGCCUCAAGAACUUUGCCACUGCCCUGGAAGAGGUUUGCAUUGAGACCAUUGAAUCUGGCUUUAUGACAAAGGAUCUUGCUGCCUGUAUCAAAGGCCUGCCCAAUGUCAAGCGUUCUGACUACCUGAGCACCUUUGAGUUCAUGGACAAGCUCGCUGAAAACUUGAAGGGGAAGCUGGGCAGCCUGCCCAAACUCUAAGGCACAGGUUGUGCCUGAGCUCCACUAAUGAAGCGUCUCCCUUUUACGCGCUGGUUAAGUGGCACUGGAUCACAAUCUGUUGUGUAACAUUUCAAAUGCUAGAAGAAAUCAACAUGUUCACUUUCUUAAAAAAAAAAUCUUAAAGAAUCUUGUUCUCUUAAACCAUUAGGGCUACUGAGCCAGGCCUUACUUUUGCCAAGCAGCUGAAUGUGAUAAGAUUCAAGCUCAAAGUGAGCCUGGAUUCCUAAUGCCAUUCAUAGAAGUCCUGAAGUUGUUAUUCUUGACUUCUACCAUCUGUGUUUUCUUUUCUCCCUUCCUCUCAGACUAAAAGCCAGUCUGUGAAACAUCUCUGGUCAAACUAGCAGUGACCAGCUGUGUAGCACAGCUCAGAAAACAGAACUGUUCUCUCCAGUACUGUCCACUGACUGUGAGCGCACAAGACUGUGCCAGCUCUACUGUAGCUCCACUUGCCUUCUGUAUCUUUUAUUACCAACUGGAGCUUAGUAUUCUGGUACCAAGAGAUUUCUUAAAUCAGGACUGUAGCAUUUGAGGUGAAUAAGCACUUAGUAAAGGCUGGAAACAAGUCUUUAGGCUCAAGAGCCUAAGAAAGACCAUGCUACAGUGUUUAAAUGCAGACCCUGUGUUUAAUUAUAUUCUUGACUGGAUAUGAAGCAUUGGAACUGUUACCUCUGCCUCCUCC